UUAGCAAGCGGAGGUACGUUGCCACUCCUCCAUAAGACGUGCAGCCAUGCCGUUCCACAAGCAACUACUGGCCACUGUCUUCACCUUGGCCAUGCUCCUCACGUCAAAUCCCGGAGCUGAUGCGACAGUGACAGGAGAACAAUGCGAAUCACGGCUGCACUGGUCUAUCUGCAAGGCCAAUUGGAUGUGCACGGCCUUGUGCUGCAUCGCCAUGGGAGGGUACACUGGUGGCUACUGCUCUAGCUAUAUGGAGACGAACCAAGCCGUGCCUGCUUCUUGGCUUGGUUUUCGCUCCUGCGUCUGCACCAAGGUGUGCGAUGGUGUGCCCCCACCGAAGCCUUGGGACCAGACACCACCAACACCUGGGGUUCAGCCUCCGCCGAUGCCAACACCUUGGGUACAGCCUCCACCAAUGCCUACUCCUUGGCUGAAGCCUCCACCGAUGCCGACGCCUUGUGUCAAGCCUCCGCCGAUGCCAACACCUUGGGUCCAGCCUCCGCCUAUGCCGACGCCUUGUUUCAAGCCUCCGCCUAUGCCGAUGCCUUCUUUCAAGCCUCCGCCGAUGCCGACGCCUUGGGUCAAGCCUCCGCCUAUGCCGAUGCCUUCUUUCAAGCCUCCGCCGAUGCCGACGCCUUGUGUCAAGCCUCCGCCGAUGCCUACGCCUUGUGUCCGGCCUCUUCCAACGCCCUGGGUUCAGCCUUUGCCAAGGCCGACGCCUGGGGUCCAGCCUUGGCCCAUGCCGACGCCUUGGGUCAGCCCUCCAGCGGAGAAGCAACCAGUCAAUUAACCACCGCCACCGCCGCUGGAGUGCUCAACUAAUGGAGUAGCUGGGGACUGAGGAAUGUGAAAUAAACAUGGAGAGAUGGCACUUAUUGAUUUGGGUUUGUUUGCAAUAGAUCUGAUUCCUGUUAGUUAUUUCAACCAGUCAUCUGAAUCUUACGGCAUAAUCUAAUAUUAAAAUUAUUGCAAUGCAAGUUAAUCGAGUGA